UUGGUAACUUGGUCCACCUGAUCUAAUUGGGAAUUUCUAGUUUCUCUUUCUAUUUACAGAGGAACUCUUGUUCCUUUUUCUUUCAUUGUUAAUCUUUUGGCAACAAAUCUUCCCUGUACAUCGGCUUAAGCUGUCAGUGGCCCUGAUAAACCCAACAAACAAAAAACCCCAUUAUGCCUUCAGUUAACUACAUAAUCACAUUACAUUUGGAUUGAUAUUGAAUGAGAAACAGUGGAAGUGUGUUCCAAAACAUGGAUGGCUAUUCUUCUAAGCUAGCAGGAGAACUGCACAACUAUAAUUACAGCAGCAGUGCACAACAUUUUGGGCCAGUAUCAGGUGGUGUGUCAGGCCCUGUUCAGUCUAUGACAUCUACUUCCCAGUUUAUUACCCAACAGAGUCAUUCAUCUAGCCAGUUAGACAGCAACAUAGGCCUAGCAACAGGACAAGGGACCAACUUACAAGAAGAAUUUUGUGAAGGAACUGGAGUUGGGGGAGGUGGAGGACGUAAGAAGAAAAAGAAACAAAAAAGUGGUGAAGACCCUAGUACUUCUGUGAAGCCCAACAUAAUGCCUGAGGAAGAUCUUGUUGAUGCUGCCAUUCCACUGCUGUCAGAAAAUCAAGGAUGUGGACCCAGAUGUGAAAAUAGUAUUUCUGUCAUCAAAUACAACAUCUUUGAUGCAACUAUUGGAUCAAGGAGUGAUGAAGACAAAAUUUUAAGUGCCAUAUACAGGGUAGUGCAGAAACUCCUCUCAGCAAUAGAUGACAACCGUGACAUGUAAGGCCACUGUUUCGAGAGGUUUCCUGGAAAUGUUGAUUAUGUUAAAUACAUCUUAAAAUACAUAUGUAAAAACUAUAUGUGAAUUUGCUCAGUAUCACUCCAUUGUGUUUACCUAAGGUUAAUAAUCAGAAGUGUAAUUCUUCUCUACAAAACUUAUUAAACCUAUUAGCACAACCUAAUAGAAUAUUCAGUUCUCUUGUAUUCAUUGUAACUCGCCUAAUGACCAUAUGUACUGUUAUUGCCGUAUUAAUCUUAAGUUAGUUUUAAGUUUGUCCAAAAUGCUUUGCAUAUAAAGGGGCUUUUAUUAUUCUUAGUUGUGAUCCAAGUAAUUUUUUUUAAAGAUUGGCAUUUAUUGUGUUGAGUGCAGCCAGAUCAGCAUUUGAAAUGACCUGCAAACAGAAUUGGUUUCAUACAUAACCAAGGGCUUUCCACAGAUAUUAUCAAAUAUCAACCCCUCAAGGGAGGUUUCUUGAUGCUGGUGAGGGGCUCUUGAUCUAGGGAAUUGAAUCUGUGCUCCAAUUCUCUGAAUUGAGCCUGAAUGCUUUCCAUCACCCCCCCCCCCCAGGUACUGUAUAAUCCCUACAGGUUUAGCACU